AUGCCAUCCGCAAUGAAGUCCGCCUCAGUGUUCCUUGCUUUGCUUCUUGCUCCAGGCGCAGCUAUCACCACCCGAACGGAUGGUGGGAACGGUGGGAACCCUAUCCGCAAGGUGAUCACCAUGAUGGAGAAAAUGUCUGAGAAGAUCGACUCUGAAGCGGAGAAAGAGUCCGAUCUCUACGACAAGUUCGACUGCUACUGCAAGGGCACCAUCAAGGAGCUGGAAGAGAACAUCAUGCAGGCGGAGACCAACCCUAUUUCUCCGGCCGACAUCGAGAAGAAGGAGGCUGAGAUUGUCGCACUGGAGCAGGAUGUCCAGAAACUCAAGGACGAUCGCAUCGCGGAGGAGGAGUCGCUUAAGGCUGCCACCUCGCAGCGUGGAAAGGAGCACGAACAUUAUGUGGAUGAAUUGACUGAGGAGACGGAGGUGGUUCAGAGCGUGGACACCGCCACGGCGGCCCUCAGCGGACCUCCUGGGAUGGCUUCGGCCUUCCUUCAAAAGGCCAAGGGAUCCAAGUCCGUCUCGAAAAUGCUGCGUGCCGUGGAGCGUGCCAGCCGCGUUGAUACAGAGGCGAAGCAGAAGGUGACAGCUUUUCUCAGUGGCCAGAGCAGUGCCGCAGAUCCCGGCUAUGUCGUGGGAAUGCUCUCCGAAAUCAAGGACACCGCCGUGGAAGACAUCAAGGCAGAAAACGAGACCGAGGACACCUCAGUGGAAGCUUACGGAGAGGUGAAGACGGCCAAGAAGACCGAAAUCUCGUCCCUCCUGAACCAGUUCGAGAGGAAGAUGAAGAACAUCGGUGAGAUGAAGCUGGAAGUCGUUAACAUGAAGCACGAGCUGGGCGAGAUGGGUGAGUCCAUCGAGGAUGACAAGAAGAUGUUGGCAGAGCU